AUGGAGUGCGCGCGCAAAGUAAACCAGACAAGCUACCGCACCUUUACCAUGUCGACGGAUUAUGAGGCUCGCAUGGAGAUUCUGCAGCGCAAGCGCGAGGACCUGACAGCGCAGCGACAGGCAAUAGAGAAGCGCAUGGCGCUGCAUGAGGCGACUGCUGUUGAGUUUAGCACCGUCGCGGUGCAGAGUUUACGAAAAAAGUGCAAGGCACAACGUAGCGCUGCUUUUGCUGCUAAGAAGCGUAACGAUGACUUUGUGCGCACGCUACAUGAAACGCAAAAGCAGGUACACGACACGUGGAGUAAGCUGCAAAGCGACCACUCGGGCAGCAGUGCACUGCUGGCCAAAGAGAAAAAAAGAUACAAUUGCCGAAUAGAGCAGGUUUAUCCUGCUUGGCAGAAACAGUUGCAUCGACAGCGUGUACAGAAACUUAAGGAGCUAGAGGACAAGAAGAGAACGGUGGAAAGACGCAGAUAUCUCGCCAAGAAGAGUUUUGAAAAGGAGCAGAUGAUAGAUGACUUGCUUAAAGAAACGCGACACGAAGUGGAAUUGGCUGAAAAUUUAGAGCACAAUGAGCACUACGAGCGAAUACUUCUGCGCACGAAAAGUACAAACCAAGCCAUUGAGGUUGAACAUAAUAUUCAAGAAAUGGCUCAGGAAGCGCGAAGUAUUCUGCAGCAACACGCGGAAAGAUAUUUUGAGACAGCGCCGGAGAUAGUCAGAGGGCUAUCAGAAAAGUUAACCGAGACAUUUUCGCCUCGAAAUACCUUACGCGCUUUGCAGGAAGGCGGCAGUUUCUUCGAGCUCGAAAAAAGGCACUCGUACGAAGACAAUGACUUCACACAGCAACAAAAGUUCGAAAUUGCAGCAAAUUCAGAUGUCACGGAUGCGGUGCAAUCAAAUUACGAUGGUUUUGAGCUAAAAGCUCAUGAAAAAUAUUUCGAAGACAGCUUUAUUGAACCCUUAUGCAAUUUUGACGAAAGAUCGGCAUUUCUUGAUUCAGCUGCGACAGUCAGCCACAAUUCAUACACAGAAAUUAGUCAUAAGUACUCAGAUCAAAGCAUACAUGAUGCUGGACAUAGUGAAGUAUCUCGGGCUGUAGCCGCAAAGUCGACUGAUCACGAUUGCCCACUUGUUGAUACUAUCUCAAAAGAUUUGUGUGCAGAUACUCAACGCUUAGGUACAAAGAAUAAUCUCGCUUCCAGUACGACACAUGACAAAGACAUCAGACAGCCAUGCGAAAUAUUGAAAAAGGUACCUACCUUGGUUGCCGAAGCUUUGUCAACAAUUCCUGAAGAUGACGAGACGAUCUUCUCAAGCAGAGCAGAUAGAAUGGUACGACAUGAAGAGAUUGCGCAUCAGCGUGAGCUUAGGGGUUCUGAUGUUGCAACAAGCUCCGCGGCGACGUCCCACAUUCCUGUGAAUAUUUCGAAAUUCAUCCAAGAGUUGCCUGCGGUCAGCACUCCAGCCAACAUUGCCGAGGAGUCAAAGUCAGGGUACUCGGCUAUGCUCGUCGCAUCGACAUUUCAUAUUGAGGACAACCGUGACGACAUAAAUCAAGAUGAAGCUGAAAGCUUAAAGAUCAUAUCGAUUGGCAACCCAUAUCACGAUAAAGCAGCUGAGAAUUCAAAUGAGACACCGUUGCCGAUAUCAAAUGAUGACUCUUGUUGCAAAGCAGAAGAUAAAAUUUCUCCCUUGGAGCCUGAAGUGAAGGAGCAUAUUUGUGCUCUAAAAAAAGGCAGUGUCAGUAGUCAAAUUGAAUUUGAUGCAUCCAGCAACACCGACGUGCUUGCUAUCGUAGAUUUUACAGGUCCUCUUUCGAUCGAAGAGACCCCGAGAGUAGCCAACAAAUGCAUCGUGGAUAUUAAGCCUGUUGCCUUGGAUAUUUUGAUGAGUGAACACAUGUCUGAUCUAAUAUCCCACCACGACAAAGCCGGCUCAUUCCAUGAUCCGAAAGAGUUGAGCAAUAUCGCGACGGCCAAAUCUUCUUCUGAUUCCAUUCAGACUCUAGCUACGAUAGAAAAAAGCUUCUCCGAAAUAGCUUCGGAAGAAGCAAUUAAAUCAUUGCCGCCGCCGGGCUCAAACAUCAAAGAAUUCGUGGAACCAGUUUUACUAUCAGCUGCAAUGCCAGCCACAACACAGCAUACUAGGGAUAACAUUGUGUUGUCUAGCAAGCAAAGUGACGACUAUGAUUUACCUAGCUGUACAACUGUUGAUCCAACCAUUCCGUGCAGCAACAAUAAAGUUGAGCAAGAUGAUCCAGGAGCGGCUGUGAGCCCAAUCGAAGACCUUCAGCGUAUUCGGGAGGCUCCUAGCAUAACGAAAGGAGAGAAACACUCAUACGCCUCGAUAACUGAAAAAUUGUCGCCGGUGGAUCGAAUGAAAGCAUUAGAAGCUCUAAUAAGCCGAGUUGAGGAAGGUGUGGCUGAAGGAGACAACAUAUACGGCUCGAGAGAAAUCGAAUCAUCCUACGAUUCGAAACGGGAGCUGAUGAGAAUGGCAAUUGGGGGACACAAGGCGCAAAUUGCCUAUUUUGGUUCCGACAUUUGUUUCGAGCUAAUACUAGAAAUUUCACGCGACCUUGGGCCAGUGCUUUUUCCAUUCAAAUCGUUCGAGGGGAUCAUGAAUGAUCAAAAGAUGCGCAAAUUGCAUCAGAGUAACAAGGACAAGCAAUUGGACUUGUGGAAAGCAUUAUCGCAUCAUUUUAAGCAACUUGUGGAGCUGAAAGCAAUAUCCGUGGCGACUCUUGUUGAUUUGUCGGUAGCAGCUUUUCUCGCCCAUGAUCUUGAAAAUCAGCGGUCUCAGCGCAAGCUCCGUGAAUUUUUGACAGCAACAUUGGAAGGAGGUGGUGGCAACGAGGCCUCAAGCCUUCGAAAAAUGACCUCUGCCAUCCCUGAAAAACUGUCAUUCUCAUCAUGGCAAGAGCAACAGAAACCCGUUCCAGAGCCUUUAAAACCCGAUAAGGCACAAGGCAAGGUUAGUACCUCGCAGCUGCUACAAACAGCGUUCCUACAUCAACAAAGCGCACCAAAAAGCAAAGUUUUUGGCAUUGCAUCAUCAAGCUUGAAAGAACAUUCGAAGUUCUCCUCUGACGUACUAAUGUCCAUGAGCUCCAGACCCAUGAAGCUUUCUGAAAAGCUGAUGCGUGGUGGUAAGAUUGACGAUUACUCCGAGUUUGAAGAGGAAGAAGAGGUGGACCUGCAAAACCUUAUCGGCACAAAGCCCGUACUUGCCACAACCUUGCCAAAGGAAAGUAAGCCAGACCAACAGGCUACAAUGCCUCAAGUAAAGAGAUCGAUGGAGAAGGUUGCAGUCGUUGAAGGGGUGGACGAUGAUUUUGAUGCCGACUUUUAA